AUGCCAAAGGCUGCAGCGCCGUUGCCUCCGGCGCCUCCAAAAUUACCAACCGCCCCGAUGCCUACAAAGGCACCUGCGACUCCGCCAACCGAUGAGCUGAAAGCGGAAACAGUUGCGCCGGCAGCCAAAGCACCUACACCAGUAUCUACACCUCCGCCGUCAGCAACACCCCCGGCAGCGCCACCGCCCACAACUGCACCAAUCCCACCCGCUGCGCCCCCACCAGCUGCCAAAACACCACCGACAGCAACCAAAACUCCACCGCCAGCAGCACCGCCACCGCCAGCAGCAGCACCGCCACCGCCAGCAGCAGCACCGCCACCGCCAGCAGUGCCGCCACCGCCAGCAGCCGAAGACGAGCCCACACCAGCUGAGUCUCAAACCGAGACAUCUGCUUCGGAUGCUCCUGCGUCUGCAUCAUCUUCUGACUCAAAGAAAACCGAGGCGAAAGAGAAGAAAGGCUUCGGCUGGCUGCUGAACAGGAGCAAGUCGGCGCAGGCACCACUCUUGGCAGAGCUUCUGCAGGAGAAGGACUCCAGUGAUGGUGAGCUGGCUGCUCAGAUGCCCUAA